AUGGCGACGAGCGGCGGCGAUGAGGCGGCGGCAGCGGCGCCGGCGCCGGGGGCCCCGGCAGCGGGGGCGGACGCGACCCCGGGCUGGGAGGUGGCGGUGCGGCCCCUGCUGUCCGCGUCCUAUUCCGCCUUCGAGAUGAAGGAGCUGCCGCAGCUGGUGGCCUCAGUCAUCGAGAGUGAAUCAGAAAUCCUGCACCAUGAGAAGCAGUAUGAGCCAUUCUACUCCUCUUUUGUUGCACUUUCCACACACUAUAUUACAACCGUUUGCAGCCUCAUUCCUCGGAACCAGCUUCAGUCGGUGGCAGCAGCGUGUAAAGUCUUAAUUGAGUUUUCUCUCCUGCGCCUGGAGAAUCCAGAUGAGGCUUGUGCUGUGUCCCAGAAACACUUGAUUCUCCUAAUCAAGGGCCUAUGCACUGGCUGUAGUCGACUAGAUAGAACUGAAAUCAUCACAUUCACGGCAAUGAUGAAGUCCGCCAAGCUGCCACAGACAGUGAAGACACUUUCAGAUGUGGAGGAUCAGAAAGAGUUGGCUUCACCAGUAAGCCCUGAGCUGAGGCAGAAGGAGGUCCAGAUGAAUUUUUUGAACCAGCUGACCUCAGUUUUUAAUCCUAGAACUAUCGCAUCUCCACCUGUCAGUCCACAGACUCUGGUGGAAGGGGAAAAUGAUGAGCAAUCAUCCACAGAUCAAGCUUCUGCUAUCAAAACCAAGAAUGUCUUCAUAGCUCAGAACGUGGCUAGCCUUCAAGAGCUUGGUGGCUCGGAGAAGCUGCUGCGUGUAUGCUUGAACCUGCCGUAUUUCCUGCGUUACAUCAAUCGCUUCCAAGAUGCAGUGCUGGCCAACUCCUUCUUCAUCAUGCCUGCAACUGUCGCAGAUGCCACUGCAGUUCGUAACGGUUUUCAUUCCCUAGUGAUUGAUGUAACUAUGGCAUUGGAUACCCUUUCUUUACCUGUGUUGGAGCCUCUCAGUCCUUCCCGUCUACAAGAUGUGACGGUCCUCAGCCUCAGUUGUCUGUAUGCAGGUGUGAGUGUGGCAACCUGCAUGGCCAUCCUUCAUGUAGGCAGUGCCCAGCAAGUGCGGACAGGGUCUACGAGCUCCAAAGAAGAAGACUAUGAAAGUGAUGCAGCUACGAUUGUCCAGAAAUGUCUUGAAAUCUAUGACAUGAUUGGACAAGCAAUCAGCAGUUCACGCCGGGCUGGUGGUGAGCACUAUCAGAACUUCCAAUUGCUGGGUGCCUGGUGUUUGUUGAACAGCCUUUUCCUCAUUUUGAACCUGAGUCCUACUGCCUUGGCUGAUAAGGGGAAAGAGAAAGAUCCACUGGCUGCUCUCCGAGUCAGAGACAUCCUUUCGCGUACAAAAGAGGGAGUGGGCUCUCCUAAACUGGGGCCUGGAAAAGGGCAUCAGGGAUUUGGGGUGCUCUCAGUAAUAUUAGCAAACCAUGCCAUCAAGCUGCUAACUUCUCUCUUUCAAGACCUGCAGGUGGAGGCACUUCACAAGGGUUGGGAGACAGAUGGGCCCCCUGCAGUCCUGAGUAUUAUGGCUCAGAGCACGUCCAUACAGAGGAUUCAACGGCUGAUUGACUCCGUGCCACUGACAAACCUGCUCUUGACGUUACUCUCAACUUCCUACAGAAAGGCUUGUGUCCUGCAACGGCAGAGGAAGGGCUCCAUGAGCAGUGACGCAAGCGCCUCCACCGACUCCAACACUUACUAUGAGGAUGAUUUCAGUAGCACAGAGGAAGACAGCAGCCAAGAUGAUGACAGUGAGCCUAUUUUGGGGCAGUGGUUUGAGGAGACCAUCUCUCCCAGUAAAGAGAAAGUGGCACCCCCGCCCCCUCCUCCACCUCCCCCGCUGGAGAGCUCUCCUCGUGUUAAAAGCCCCAGUAAGCAGGCCCCUGGUGAAAAGGGCAACAUUUUGGCAAGUCGCAAAGAUCCUGAAUUGUUCUUAGGUCUGGCUUCCAACAUUUUGAACUUCAUCACCUCUUCCAUGCUGAACUCUAGGAAUAAUUUUAUCCGAAACUAUCUGAGUGUAUCUCUGUCAGAACAUCACAUGGCCACCCUGGCCAGUAUCAUCAAGGAGGUGGACAAGGAUGGACUCAAGGGUUCAUCAGAUGAAGAGUUUGCUGCUGCUCUUUAUCACUUCAACCACUCUUUGGUAACUUCGGACCUUCAGUCCCCUAACCUUCAGAAUACCCUGUUGCAGCAGCUGGGUGUCGCUCCUUUUUCUGACGGCCCUUGGCCCUUGUACAUUCACCCUCAAGGCCUCUCUGUGCUUUCACGUCUCCUGCUCAUCUGGCAGCAUAAAGCUGGUACUCAAGGUGACCCUGAUGUCCCUGAAUGCCUGAAAGUUUGGGACAGGUUUUUGUCUACAAUGAAGCAGAAUGCCCUGCAAGGCGUGGUACCCAGUGAGACAGAGGACUUGAACGUAGAGCACCUGCAGCUGCUGCUCCUCAUCUUCCACAACUUCACCGAGCAGGGCCGGCGCACCGUAUUCACCCUCUUUGUCCAGAUUAUCCAGGAGCUGAGUGGCCACAUGGAUGCUCAGAUGCGUUCUGUGCCUCUCAUCCUGGCCCGCCUCCUGUUGAUCUUUGAUUACCUGCUUCAUCAGUACUCCAAAGCCCCUGUUUAUCUGUUUGAGCAGGUGCAGCAUAACCUGCUGAGUCCUCCUUACGGGUGGGCAAGUGGAUCCCAGGACAGCAACAGCCGCCGGGCAACCACUCCUCUCUACCAUGGGUUUAAAGAGGUAGAAGAAAACUGGGCUAAGCAUUUUUCUUCAGAUGCUGUCCCACAACCCAGAUUCUACUGCGUCCUAUCCCCAGAAGCCGCAGAGGAUGAUUUGAACCGACUGGAUUCUGUGGCAUGUGAUGUGCUUUUCUCCAAGCUUGUUAAAUACGACGAGCUUUACACUGCCCUGACAGCCCUGCUUGCAGCUGGCUCCCAGCUUGACACAGUCAGGAGGAAGGAAAACAAGAACGUGACAGCCCUGGAGGCCUGUGCCCUUCAGUAUUACUUCUUAAUAUUGUGGAGGAUCCUAGGAAUUUUGCCACCAUCGAAGACUUACAUGAAUCAGUUGGCCAUGAACUCUCCUGAGAUGAGUGAAUGUGACAUCUUACACACCCUGCGAUGGUCUUCCCGCCUCAGGAUCAGCUCCUACGUCAGCUGGAUAAAGGAUCACCUUAUCAAACAGGGAAUGAAGAUGGAGCAUGCUGGCUCUCUCAUAGAACUGGCCUCUACCAAGUGUAGCUCAGUGAAGUAUGAUGUUGAAAUUGUAGAGGAAUACUUUGCUCGACAGAUCUCGUCAUUCUGUAGCAUCGACUGCACCACCAUCUUGCAGCUCCAUGAAAUUCCCAGCCUGCAGUCCAUUUAUACCCUGGACGCUGCCAUCUCCAAGGUCCAGGUCUCAUUGGAUGAGCAUUUUUCUAAGAUGGCUGCUGAGACUGAGCCUCAGAAAUCAUCUGAGAUCACCAAGAACCUCCUUCCAGCCACGCUGCAGCUCAUCGACACCUACGCAUCAUUCACCAGAGCCUAUUUGCUGCAGAACUUUAAUGAAGAAGGAACCACUGAAAAACCUUCCAAGGAGAAGCUGCAUGGCUUUGCUGCUGUUUUGGCUAUUGGCUCUAGUAGGUGCAAGGCGAAUACACUGGGUCCAACACUGGUUCAGAAUUUGCCCUCCUCGGUGCAGACUGUGUGUGAGUCCUGGAACAACAUCAAUACCAAUGAAUUUCCCAAUAUUGGAUCCUGGCGCAAUGCCUUUGCCAAUGACACCAUCCCUUCAGAGAGUUAUAUCAGUGCUGUGCAAGCUGCUCACCUGGGGACUCUCUGUGGCCAGAGUCUGCCCCUGGCUGCUUCCCUGAAGCAUACCCUCCUCUCCCUGGUCCGGUUAACGGGAGAUCUUAUCGUCUGGUCGGAUGAGAUGAACCCACCACAGGUAAUUCGGACACUGCUGCCCCUUCUUUUGGAGUCGAGCACUGAGAGCGUUGCUGAGAUCAGCAGCAACUCCCUGGAACGCAUCUUGGGCCCUGCAGAGUCUGAUGAGUUCUUGGCCCGGGUUUAUGAGAAGCUGAUCACUGGCUGCUACAACAUCCUGGCCAAUCAUGCGGACCCCAACAGUGGACUGGAUGAAGCCAUCUUGGAAGAAUGUCUCCAGUAUUUGGAAAAGCAACUGGAAAGCAGCCAGGCUCGCAAAGCUAUGGAGGAGUUUUUCUCUGACAGUGGAGAACUUGUGCAGAUCAUGAUGGCAACAGCCAAUGAGAACCUCUCUGCUAAAUUCUGUAACCGAGUUUUGAAAUUCUUCACCAAACUCUUCCAGCUGACUGAGAAGAGCCCUAAUCCUAGCCUCUUGCAUCUCUGCGGCUCUCUGGCACAGCUGGCUUGUGUGGAACCUGUACGUCUGCAGGCCUGGCUCACACGCAUGACAACGUCACCCCCAAAAGAUUCUGAUCAGCUGGAUAUAAUUCAGGAGAACCGGCAGCUGUUGCAGUUACUGACCACAUACAUUGUUAGGGAAAACAGCCAAGUUGGGGAAGGUGUGUGUGCUGUACUUCUGGGCACCCUGACCCCCAUGGCAACAGAGAUGCUCACUAACGGUGAUGGGACUGGCUUCCCUGAACUCAUGGUUGUGAUGGCCACUCUGGCCAGUGCAGGUCAAGGUGCUGGUCACCUUCAACUCCAUAAUGCUGCUGUGGACUGGCUGGGCAGAUGUAAGAAAUACCUGUCACAGAAGAAUGUUGUUGAAAAACUGAAUGCCAAUGUGAUGCAUGGGAAGCAUGUGAUAGUCUUGGAGUGCACAUGUCACAUUAUGUCUUACCUGGCUGAUGUCACGAAUGCUCUGAGCCAGAGUAAUGGUCAAGGUCCAAGUCAUCUGUCAGUGGAUGGGGAAGAGAGGGCCAUUGAAGUGGACUCGGAUUGGGUGGAGGAGUUGGCAGUGGAAGAGGAAGAUUCCCAGGCUGAGGAUUCAGAUGAAGACUCGCUUUGCAAUAAACUCUGCACUUUUACGAUCACACAGAAAGAAUUCAUGAACCAGCACUGGUAUCACUGUCACACCUGUAAAAUGGUUGAUGGGGUGGGUGUGUGCACGGUGUGUGCUAAGGUGUGCCACAAGGAUCAUGAGAUUUCCUAUGCCAAGUAUGGGUCCUUCUUCUGUGACUGUGGAGCCAAGGAAGAUGGCAGCUGUUUGGCACUGGUGAAGAGGACUCCUAGCAGUGGCAUGAGCUCUACCAUGAAGGAGUCAGCAUUUCAAAGUGAACCCAGGGUUUCAGAGAGUCUGGUGCGCCAUGCCAGCACCUCGCCAGCUGACAAGGCCAAGGUUACCAUCAGUGAUGGAAAAGUUGCUGAUGAAGAAAAGCCCAAAAAGAGCAGCCUGUGCCGUACAGUAGAGGGCUGCCGGGAGGAGCUGCAGAACCAGGCCAAUUUCUCCUUCGCUCCUCUUGUGUUAGACAUGCUCAAUUUCCUCAUGGAUGCCAUUCAGACCAACUUUCAGCAAGCGUCAGCUGUGGGUAGCAGCAGCCGGGCUCAGCAGGCCCUCAGUGAGCUGCAUACAGUGGACAAGGUGGUUGAGAUGACGGAUCAACUGAUGGUUCCCACCUUGGGCUCUCAGGAAGGUGCCUUUGAGAAUGUUCGGAUGAAUUAUAGCGGAGACCAAGGCCAGACGAUUCGGCAGCUGAUCAGUGCCCAUGUGCUCAGGCGGGUGGCUAUGUGUGUGCUCUCUUCCCCUCACGGACGCCGCCAGCAUUUGGCUGUCAGCCACGAAAAGGGCAAGAUCACUGUUCUGCAGCUCUCUGCACUCUUGAAGCAAGCCGAUUCCAGCAAAAGGAAGUUGACUCUGACCCGCUUGGCUUCUGCCCCAGUCCCGUUUACUGUGCUGAGCCUCACUGGAAAUCCCUGCAAGGAGGACUACCUGGCAGUUUGUGGGCUAAAGGACUGCCACGUGCUCACCUUUAGUAGCUCAGGCUCUGUGUCGGAUCACUUGGUGUUGCAUCCCCAGUUGGCAACAGGGAACUUCAUCAUCAAAGCUGUGUGGUUGCCUGGUUCACAGACUGAGUUGGCAAUUGUCACUGCAGACUUUGUCAAGAUUUAUGACCUGUCUGUUGACGCCUUGAGUCCAACCUUCUACUUUCUUCUGCCGAGCUCAAAGAUAAGAGACGUCACUUUUCUCUUCAAUGAGGAGGGGAAGAACAUCAUUGUCAUAAUGUCUUCAGCUGGCUACAUCUACACACAGCUAAUGGAAGAGGCCAGCAGCGCCCAGCAGGGGCCCUUCUAUGUCACUAAUGUGCUGGAAAUCAACCAUGAAGACUUGAAGGACAGUAACAGUCAGGUGGCAGGUGGUGGUGUGUCCGUGUACUACUCCCAUGUGUUGCAGAUGCUGUUCUUCAGCUAUUGUCAAGGCAAAUCAUUCGCAGCCACCAUCAGCAGGAUGACUCUGGAGGUGUUACAGCUCUUCCCCAUCAACAUCAAAAGUUCCAAUGGUGGCAGUAAGACUUCUCCUGCACUUUGCCAGUGGUCUGAGGUGAUGAACCACCCUGGCUUGGUGUGCUGUGUCCAGCAAACCACAGGUGUGCCGCUGGUGAUCAUGGUGAGGCCAGACACCCUUCUCAUCCAGGAGAUCAAGACUCUUCCUGCUAAAGCGAAGAUCCAAGACAUGGUUGCUAUUAGGCACACAGCCUGCAAUGAGCAGCAGCGGACAACCAUGAUCUUGCUGUGUGAAGAUGGCAGCCUGCGUAUUUAUAUGGCCAACGUGGAAAACACCUCCUAUUGGCUCCAACCAUCCCUGCAGCCCAGCAGUGUCAUUAGUAUAAUGAAGCCUGUUCGAAAGCGCAAAACAGCCACCAUCACAACCCGCACAUCCAGCCAGGUGACUUUCCCUAUUGACUUCUUUGAACACAACCAGCAGUUGACAGAUGUGGAGUUUGGUGGCAAUGACCUCCUGCAGGUCUACAAUGCACAACAGAUAAAGCACCGGCUGAAUUCCACUGGCAUGUAUGUGGCCAACACCAAGCCUGGUGGCUUCACCAUUGAGAUUAGUAACAACAACAGCACCAUGGUGAUGACAGGCAUGCGGAUCCAGAUUGGGACCCAGGCAAUUGAGCGAGCCCCAUCUUACAUUGAAAUCUUCGGCAGAACCAUGCAGCUCAACCUGAGUCGGUCACGCUGGUUUGACUUCCCGUUCACCAGAGAAGAAGCCCUGCAAGCUGACAAGAAGCUGAACCUCUUCAUCGGGGCCUCGGUGGAUCCAGCAGGUGUCACCAUGAUAGAUGCUGUAAAAAUUUAUGGCAAGACUAAGGAGCAGUUUGGUUGGCCUGAUGAGCCCCCUGAAGAAUUCCCUUCUGCCUCUGUCAGCAACAUCUGCCCUUCAAACCUGAACCAGAGUAAUGGCACUGGAGACAGCGACUCAGCUGCCCCUACUACGACCAGUGGAACUGUCCUGGAGAGGCUGGUUGUGAGUUCUUUAGAAGCCCUGGAAAGCUGCUUUGCUGUUGGUCCAAUCAUCGAGAAGGAGAGAAACAAGAAUGCGGCUCAGGAGCUGGCAACUUUGCUGCUGUCCCUGCCAGCACCUGCCAGUGUCCAGCAGCAGUCCAAGAGCCUCCUGGCCAGCCUGCACACCAGCCGCUCGGCCUAUCACAGCCACAAGGAUCAGGCCUUGCUGAGCAAAGCUGUGCAGUGUCUCAACACAUCCACCAAAGAAGGCAAAGAUUUGGACCCCGAGGUGUUCCAGAGGCUGGUGAUCACAGCUCGCUCCAUUGCCAUCAUGCGCCCUAACAACCUUGUCCAUUUUACGGAGUCAAAGCUGCCUCAGAUGGAAACAGAAGGAGUGGAUGAGGGGAAAGAACCGCAGAAGCAGCCGGAAGGAGAUUGUUGUAGUUUCAUCACUCAGCUUGUGAACCACUUCUGGAAGCUGCAUGCGUCCAAACCCAAGAAUGCCUUCUUGGCACCUGCCUGCCUUCCAGGCCUAACUCACAUAGAAGCUACUGUCAAUGCACUGGUAGACAUUAUCCAUGGCUACUGUACUUGUGAGCUGGACUGUAUUAACACAGCAUCCAAGAUCUACAUGCAGAUGCUAUUGUGUCCUGAUCCUGCUGUGAGCUUCUCUUGUAAACAAGCUUUAAUUCGAGUCCUAAGGCCCAGGAACAAACGGAGACAUGUGACAUUGCCCUCUUCCCCUCGAAGCAACACGCCAAUGGGAGACAAGGAUGAUGACGAUGACGAUGAUGCAGAUGAGAAAAUGCAGUCAUCAGGGAUCCCGAAUGGUGGUCACAUCCGUCAGGAAAGCCAGGAGCAGAGUGAGGUGGACCAUGGAGAUUUCGAGAUGGUGUCUGAGUCGAUGGUCCUGGAAACAGCUGAAAAUGUCAACAAUGGCAAUCCGUCCCCCCUGGAGGCCCUGCUGGCAGGUGCAGAGGGCUUCCCCCCCAUGCUGGACAUCCCGCCCGAUGCCGAUGAUGAGACCAUGGUGGAGCUUGCCAUCGCCCUGAGCCUGCAGCAGGACCAGCAAGGCAGCAGCAGCAGUGCCCUGGGCCUGCAGAGCCUGGGGCUGUCCGGCCAGGCACCCAGCUCUUCCUCUCUGGACGCAGGAACCCUCUCUGACACCACAGCAUCAGCUCCAGCCUCAGACGACGAGGGCAGCACAGCAGCAACGGAUGGCUCUACCCUUCGGACCUCUCCUGCUGACCAUGGUGGUAGUGUGGGCUCGGAGAGCGGGGGAAGUGCAGUGGACUCAGUGGCUGGCGAGCACAGUGUGUCUGGCCGGAGCAGUGCUUAUGGUGAUGCCACGGCUGAAGGUCAUCCAGCUGGACCAGGAAGUGUCAGCUCAAGCACUGGCGCCAUCAGCACCACCACUGGGCACCAGGAGGGAGAUGGCUCAGAGGGAGAAGGGGAAGGCGAAACUGAAGGAGAUGUCCACACCAGCAAUCGGCUGCACAUGGUCCGUCUGAUGCUGUUGGAGAGAUUACUGCAGACUUUGCCCCAGCUACGAAAUGUUGGAGGUGUCCGGGCCAUCCCCUACAUGCAGGUCAUUCUGAUGCUCACUACAGAUCUGGAUGGAGAAGAUGAGAAAGACAAGGGGGCCCUGGACAACCUGCUCUCUCAACUUAUUGCAGAGCUAGGCAUGGAUAAAAAGGAUGUGUCCAAGAAGAAUGAGCGCAGUGCCCUGAAUGAAGUCCAUCUGGUGGUAAUGAGACUCCUGAGUGUCUUCAUGUCCCGCACAAAAUCUGGGUCCAAGUCUUCCGUCUGUGAGUCAUCUUCCCUCCUCUCCAGUGCCACAGCAGCAGCCCUGCUAAGCUCUGGGGCUGUCGACUACUGCCUGCAUGUGCUUAAAGCCCUGCUGGAGCAUUGGAAGAGCCAACAGAGUGAGGAGGAGCCUGUAGCUACCAGCCAGCUACUGAAGCCACACGCCACGUCGUCCCCACCUGACAUGAGCCCCUUCUUUCUCCGCCAGUACGUGAAGGGUCAUGCUGCUGAUGUGUUUGAGGCCUAUACUCAGCUUCUGACAGAAAUGGUCCUGAGGCUUCCAUACCAAAUCAAAAAGAUCGCGGACACCAACUCUCGAAUCCCACCUCCUGUCUUUGACCACUCGUGGUUUUACUUCCUCUCAGAGUACCUGAUGAUCCAGCAGACACCAUUUGUGCGUCGUCAAGUCCGCAAACUUUUGCUGUUCAUCUGUGGAUCCAAGGAGAAGUACCGCCAGCUCCGGGAUUUGCACACCCUGGACUCCCACGUGCGUGGGAUCAAGAAGCUGCUGGAGGAACAGGGAAUAUUCCUCAGGGCCAGUGUGGUGACAGCCAGCUCAGGCUCUGCUUUGCAGUACGACACCCUCAUCAGCCUGAUGGAGCACCUGAAAGCCUGUGCGGAGAUUGCUGCCCAGAGAACCAUCAACUGGCAGAAAUUCUGCAUCAAAGAUGACUCGGUCCUGUAUUUCCUUCUCCAAGUGAGUUUCCUGGUGGACGAGGGGGUGUCCCCUGUGCUGCUGCAGCUGCUGUCCUGUGCUUUGUGUGGCAGCAAAGUGCUCGCUGCCCUGGCGGCCUCUGCAGGGUCCUCCAGCACAGCUUCCUCCUCUGCCCCUGUGGCCUCCAGUUCCGGACAAGCCACAACACAGUCCAAGUCUUCUACUAAAAAGAGUAAGAAGGAAGACAAGGAAAAGGAGAAAGACGGUGAGAGCUCAGGCAGCCAGGAGGACCAGCUGUGCACUGCUUUGGUGAACCAACUGAAUAAGUUUGCCGAUAAGGAAACCCUGAUCCAGUUUCUGCGUUGCUUCCUGUUAGAGUCCAAUUCUUCCUCAGUGCGCUGGCAGGCCCACUGCCUGACGCUCCAUAUCUACAGAAACUCCAACAAGUCCCAACAGGAGCUCCUACUAGAUCUGAUGUGGUCCAUAUGGCCAGAACUCCCCGCAUAUGGUCGGAAGGCGGCCCAGUUUGUAGACCUUCUAGGAUAUUUCUCCUUGAAAACACCACAGACUGAGAAGAAGCUGAAGGAGUAUUCUCAGAAGGCAGUGGAGAUACUGCGCACUCAGAAUCAUAUUCUUACCAACCAUCCCAACUCCAACAUUUAUAAUACCUUGUCCGGCUUAGUGGAAUUUGACGGCUACUACCUGGAGAGUGACCCCUGCCUGGUGUGUAAUAACCCAGAAGUGCCAUUUUGUUAUAUCAAGCUGUCUUCCAUUAAAGUGGACACACGCUACACUACCACCCAGCAAGUUGUGAAGCUCAUUGGCAGUCAUACCAUCAGCAAAGUGACAGUAAAAAUUGGGGACCUGAAACGGACCAAGAUGGUGCGGACUAUCAACCUCUAUUACAACAACCGAACUGUGCAGGCCAUCGUGGAACUGAAAAACAAGCCCGCUCGUUGGCACAAAGCCAAGAAGGUCCAGCUGACCCCUGGGCAGACAGAGGUGAAGAUCGACCUGCCAUUGCCCAUUGUGGCCUCCAAUCUGAUGAUUGAGUUUGCAGACUUCUAUGAAAACUACCAGGCCUCCACAGAGACGCUGCAGUGCCCACGCUGCAGCGCCUCGGUCCCUGCCAACCCAGGGGUCUGUGGCAACUGUGGAGAAAAUGUGUAUCAGUGUCAUAAAUGCAGGUCCAUCAACUAUGAUGAAAAAGAUCCCUUCCUCUGCAAUGCCUGUGGCUUCUGUAAAUAUGCUCGCUUUGACUUCAUGCUCUACGCCAAGCCUUGCUGUGCAGUGGAUCCCAUCGAGAAUGAAGAAGACCGAAAGAAGGCUGUCUCCAACAUCAAUACGCUCCUGGACAAAGCUGACCGAGUAUAUCAUCAGCUGAUGGGACAUCGGCCGCAACUGGAGAACCUGCUCUGCAAAGUGAACGAGGCAGCCCCAGAAAAGCCGCAGGAUGACUCGGGAACAGCAGGAGGCAUCAGCUCUACUUCGGCCAGUGUGAAUCGCUACAUCUUGCAGUUGGCUCAGGAAUACUGUGGAGACUGCAAGAAUUCUUUUGACGAACUCUCCAAAAUCAUCCAGAAAGUGUUUGCUUCUCGCAAAGAGUUGUUGGAAUACGACCUGCAGCAGAGGGAAGCAGCCACCAAAUCAUCCCGGACCUCUGUGCAGCCCACAUUCACUGCCAGCCAGUACCGCGCCUUAUCUGUCCUGGGCUGUGGCCACACCUCCUCCACCAAGUGCUAUGGCUGUGCCUCAGCUGUCACAGAACAUUGUAUCACACUACUGCGGGCCCUGGCCACCAAUCCAGCCCUGAGGCACAUCCUUGUCUCCCAGGGACUUAUCCGGGAACUGUUUGAUUAUAAUCUUCGCCGGGGGGCUGCGGCCAUGAGGGAGGAGGUCCGCCAGCUCAUGUGCCUCCUAACUCGAGAUAAUCCAGAAGCCACGCAGCAAAUGAAUGACCUGAUCAUUGGCAAAGUCUCCACUGCCCUCAAGGGCCACUGGGCCAACCCCGAUCUGGCGAGUAGCCUGCAGUAUGAAAUGCUGCUGCUGACGGAUUCCAUCUCAAAGGAGGACAGUUGCUGGGAGCUCCGGUUACGCUGUGCUCUCAGCCUUUUCCUCAUGGCUGUGAACAUUAAGACUCCCGUGGUUGUUGAGAACAUUACCCUCAUGUGCCUGCGGAUCUUGCAGAAGCUGAUUAAACCACCUGCUCCAACCAGCAAGAAGAACAAGGAUGUCCCUGUAGAGGCACUCACCACAGUGAAGCCUUAUUGCAACGAGAUCCAUGCCCAGGCUCAGCUGUGGCUCAAGAGAGAUCCAAAGGCAUCCUAUGAAGCCUGGAAGAAGUGUCUUCCCAUCAGAGGGAUAGAUGGCAAUGGGAAGGCCCCCAGCAAAUCAGAGCUCCGCCAUCUCUAUUUGACUGAGAAGUACGUGUGGAGGUGGAAGCAGUUCCUGAGUCGUCGGGGGAAGAGGACCUCCCCAUUGGAUCUCAAACUGGGGCAUAACAACUGGCUGCGGCAGGUGCUCUUCACUCCAGCCACACAGGCCGCGCGGCAGGCUGCCUGCACCAUAGUGGAAGCUCUGGCCACCAUCCCCAGCCGCAAGCAGCAGGUCCUCGACCUCCUCACCAGUUACCUGGAUGAGCUGAGCGUAGCUGGGGAGUGUGCGGCCGAAUACUUGGCUCUCUACCAGAAGCUCACCACUUCAGCUCACUGGAAAGUCUACCUGGCCGCUCGGGGAGUCCUGCCCUAUGUGGGCAACCUCAUCACCAAGGAAAUAGCUCGCUUGUUGGCCCUGGAGGAAGCCACUUUGAGCACUGAUCUGCAGCAAGGCUAUGCCCUCAAAAGCCUCACAGGCCUUCUCUCCUCUUUUGUUGAGGUGGAAUCAAUCAAAAGGCACUUUAAAAGUCGCUUGGUGGGUACAGUGCUGAAUGGAUACCUGUGCCUGCGGAAGCUGGUGGUGCAGAGAACCAAACUGAUUGAUGAGACGCAGGACAUGCUGCUGGAGAUGCUGGAGGACAUGACCACAGGUACAGAGUCGGAAACCAAGGCUUUCAUGGCUGUGUGCAUUGAGACAGCCAAGCGCUACCAUCUGGAUGACUACCGAACUCCUGUGUUCAUCUUUGAGAGGCUCUGUAGCAUCAUCUAUCCUGAGGAGAAUGAAGUCACUGAGUUCUUUGUGACCCUGGAAAAGGACCCCCAGCAAGAAGACUUCUUACAGGGCAGGAUGCCCGGGAACCCAUACAGCAGCAACGAGCCAGGCAUCGGGCCGCUCAUGAGGGACAUAAAGAACAAGAUUUGCCAGGACUGCGACCUGGUGGCUCUCCUGGAGGACGACAGUGGGAUGGAGCUUCUGGUGAACAAUAAAAUCAUUAGUUUGGACCUUCCUGUGGCCGAGGUUUACAAGAAAGUCUGGUGUACCACAAAUGAGGGGGAGCCCAUGAGGAUUGUUUAUCGGAUGCGGGGGCUGCUGGGUGAUGCAACCGAGGAAUUCAUCGAGUCGCUGGACUCCACCACAGAUGAAGAAGAAGAUGAAGAAGAAGUGUAUAAGAUGGCUGGGGUGAUGGCCCAAUGUGGGGGCUUGGAUUGCAUGCUUACCAGACUGGCAGGGAUCAGAGAUUUCAAGCAGGGGCGUCACCUUCUAACAGUGCUGCUAAAAUUGUUCAGUUAUUGUGUGAAGGUUAAAGUCAACCGUCAGCAGCUGGUCAAACUGGAAAUGAACACUUUGAACGUCAUGCUGGGGACUCUAAACCUGGCCCUGGUAGCUGAGCAAGAAAGCAAGGACAGUGGGGGAGCAGCUGUGGCUGAGCAGGUGCUUAGCAUCAUGGAGAUCAUUUUGGAUGAGUCCAACGCUGAGCCCCUGAGUGAAGACAAGGGAAACCUCCUCCUGACGGGUGACAAGGAUCAACUUGUGAUGCUCUUGGACCAGAUCAACAGUACCUUUGUGCGCUCCAACCCCAGUGUGCUCCAGGGCCUGCUCCGCAUUAUCCCAUACCUUUCCUUUGGAGAGGUGGAGAAAAUGCAGAUCCUGGUGGAGCGAUUCAAACCAUACUGCAACUUUGAUAAGUACGAUGAAGACCACAGCGGCGAUGACAAAGUCUUCCUGGACUGCUUCUGUAAGAUAGCAGCCGGCAUCAAGAACAACAGCAACGGGCAUCAGCUGAAGGAUCUGAUCCUGCAGAAGGGAAUCACCCAGAAUGCCCUUGACUACAUGAAAAAGCACAUCCCCAGUGCCAAGAAUUUGGAUGCUGACAUCUGGAAAAAGUUUUUGUCUCGCCCAGCUCUGCCGUUUAUCCUGAGGCUUCUCCGGGGGCUGGCCAUCCAGCACCCUGCCACCCAGGUUCUGAUUGGAACUGACUCCAUCACAAACCUGCAUAAACUGGAGCAGGUGUCCAGUGACGAGGGCAUUGGGACCCUGGCAGAGAACCUGUUAGAGGCACUGCGGGAACACCCUGAUGUAAACAAGAAGAUCGACGCGGCCCGCAGAGAGACCCGGGCUGAGAAGAAGCGCAUGGCCAUGGCAAUGCGGCAGAAGGCUCUGGGCACUCUGGGCAUGACGACGAACGAGAAGGGCCAGGUCGUGACCAAGACGGCACUCCUGAAGCAGAUGGAAGAGCUGAUCGAGGAGCCGGGCCUCACGUGCUGCAUCUGCAGGGAGGGCUACAAGUUCCAGCCUACCAAGGUGCUGGGCAUUUAUACCUUCACGAAGCGGGUAGCCUUGGAGGAGAUGGAGAACAAGCCUCGGAAACAGCAGGGCUACAGCACCGUGUCCCACUUCAACAUCGUGCACUACGAUUGCCACCUUGCUGCUGUCAGGUUGGCUCGAGGCCGGGAAGAGUGGGAAAGUGCUGCCCUUCAGAAUGCCAACACCAAGUGCAAUGGGCUCCUUCCUGUCUGGGGUCCCCAUGUCCCUGAAUCAGCUUUUGCCACUUGCUUGGCAAGGCACAAUACUUACCUCCAGGAAUGCACGGGCCAGCGGGAGCCCACGUACCAGCUCAACAUCCACGACAUCAAGCUGCUGUUCCUGCGCUUCGCCAUGGAGCAGUCAUUCAGUGCGGACACCGGCGGGGGUGGCCGGGAGAGCAACAUCCACCUGAUCCCAUACAUCAUUCACACUGUGCUUUAUGUCCUGAACACAACCCGAGCAACUUCCCGAGAAGAAAAGAACCUCCAAGGCUUCUUGGAGCAGCCCAAGGAGAAGUGGGUGGAAAGCGCCUUUGAGGUGGACGGGCCCCACUACUUCACAGCGCUAGCACUGCACGUCCUGCCCCCUGAGCAGUGGAGAACCGUUCGCCUGGAGAUCCUGCGGAGGCUGCUGGUGACCUCACAGGCCCGGGCAGUGGCUCCAGGGGGUGCCACCAGGCUGGCAGACAAGGCCGUGAAGGACUAUUCCACCUACCGUUCUUCCCUUCUGUUUUGGGCUCUCGUCGAUCUCAUUUACAACAUGUUUAAGAAGGUGCCUACCAGUAACACGGAGGGAGGCUGGUCCUGCUCUCUGGCCGAGUACAUCCGCCACAAUGACAUGCCUGUCUACGAGGCUGCCGACAAAGCCCUGGAGACCUUCCAGGAGGAGUUCGUGCCAGUGGAGACCUUCUCAGAGUUCCUCGACGUGGCCGGUCUCCUCUCAGAAGUCACUGACCCGGAGAGCUUCCUAAAGGACCUGUUCAAUUCAAUCCCCUGACCGCCACACGGACACCACUGUUGACGAAGACUGAAGCAAGCUUGCUUCCCGCCCUCUGUCCCCUCCCGCGCGCCGACUCCCCACGGGAUGCUGCAUCAUUGCCUCCCCCAUCCCUGGUUUUUUCUUGGAGUGGCUUGGGGUUUUAGGCUUCCUGUUUCUCUGUGCGUGUGGUGCGCUAGCGCUGAAGUUGUCUGUGACCCCAGCCAUAGAAGGACCUGUACAGACCUGGGAACCACGGCUUGUCCUGGCCAGCGUGAUACUUGAGUGUGCACACCUUGAGAAAUAAAUGAAUGACUGAAUACACAUAGAAAGCGAAGGUGUUGGCUCUGCCGAAC